AUGGCGAGUAAUGAAACAUUUCCUCAAAUAGCCUAUCCGAUUCGUGUUAUUUUACCUAUUGUUUAUACAAUUAUUACCGUAAUUGUUCUUAUUGGUAAUACAUUAAAUUUUUAUUCGUUAUGUGUUAGUACCGAUAGAUUUGGUCGAAAAAGUAUUCAUGUACUUAUUUGGAAUUUAAUUUUCGAAGGAACAAUAUGGACAUUAAUAUUUUAUCUAGUUAAAAUGGUAUCCUAUGCUGAUUUAGGUGAACAUUUUGCCUUAAAUAAUGGUAAAUGGUUAAAUAAUUUAUGGUGUAAAUCAGAAAUGUAUAUAUUACGUAUAAUGGAUUUUAUUCUUGCUUAUACAAUUGUAUUUUUAUGUCUUGAUCGUUGUGUUAAAAGAAAAAAAUUUUGUUAUGGUCAACGUCGUUUUAUUAGCGGUAUUUGUAUAUUAAUAUCUAUUUGGCUUGCUAUUUGUUAUGCAUUAAUACCAAUAUUAUUUUUUAAUCAACAAUUAAAAUCAUUAAAUUAUGGUUCAUAUGAAUGUAUUUAUAAUGAAACACAAAUAAAUCAAUUAACAUGGUUAGAUUUACAACAAAUUCAAACACCUUAUCGAACAAUUUAUUUACUUGAUUUUAUAUUUGGAAAUGCUUUACCAGUAUUUUUAAUGAUUUUUUUAUUAAUAUUACGAUUUUAUAUUCAUCAAAAUUUGAAACCACAAAAAUAUAAAAUUGAUGGAAAUAUUAAUUUUGAUGAUAUGGAUAUAAAUACAUAUAAACAAUUAGAUUUAACAACAUAUGAUGAUGAACAUCCCAAUUUAAUUAAAAUGGUUAUUUUAUAUGUAAUUGUAUAUAUAUUUUGUCAACUUCCAUAUUAUAUUUAUCGUUUGAUUUGUAUUUAUAAUCCAUCAAUAGAAUUAAAUUUAAAUUUAAAAAAUCUUUCUUAUGCAAUUGAUAUUCCACUUAUUAUUCUUCGUUUAAUAAAUCGUGCUAUAAAUCCUUGGCUUUCAUAUUUUUUAAUGCGUUCAAUACAAGAUUCAUCUAGACAAGUAUGUUCAUUUUGGUGUUGUGGUUGUUUUCCAUGUUGUCCAAAUCGUUGGUCAUGUUUACGUGAUUGUUCAUUAUGUUUACGUCAUGAAUGGUAUGAUUUAACAAGUAAUUCACAAAUAAUAAAAGAAAUUCGUCCAACAGGAAAUACAAUGAAAAAAGAAUUUAUUGAUUUAACUGGAAAACAUAUUAGACAAAUAUAUGAAGAAUAUGUUAGAUAUUAUCAUCGACCACGUUCACAUUUUAGUGAUGCUAAUCCAGCUUUAUUAUUUGCUGGAAAACACACACCAUCUAUAAAUGAUAAUUUAGAUUAUUUAACCAGUAAUAAUAAAAUUCAACUUGAUCAACCACGUACUGCAUUAUAA